AUGUCCCUUUUCGAAAGAGCUUUAGCCAAUGUCGUUUCACAAGCAACAGGAGAUUACGCAUCCAUUGCGCAAAACGAUCCAGUCGUCAUAAGCGGUGAAGACGGUACAACAAGGGGAGAUUAUUUAGACCUUCUUCAAGAGGCUCAGAGAAAAGAAAGAAAAAAACUAUGGGAUCAGGUUUAUCGAUUAGAAGAAGAACAAAAACAACGUGUAUUCAGCAGUAAUAAUGAUGAGAAUCCGAUGAAUAAAGUGGAAACAGAUGCCUCUCGUAAAAAAUUAGCCACACUUAUGUAUCAAUACAGUGACCUUGAGCGCGAAGUUGCUGCAGAAAGGGGUAGAUUUGGGGAAGAAUGUGAAAACCGGCCAGAGGAUACUAUACUGGAAAUUGAAUUUAGGGAACAACUGGAUCAGCAAAUUCAACAGUAUAAUCAGGCAAUUGACUUUCUUAAAGAGGACUUACGAAAUGUAAAAGAAACAUUAAAAUUGGAAAAGAAGGCCUUAUCAGAAUGCACAGAACUUUAUACUGCGCUAAAAGCAAAAGAGAAAGAAAUAAUAGAAGAGAACAAUCUGGCAAGAGAAGUAAACCCUGAUCAGCUACGAGAAUCACAGGCUAUAUUGGAAAAUAUGUUUAAAAAUGAUCAAGAUGAUCUGAUUGACUUUUUAGAUGAGUAUUAUCCACCGCACCCAGUCGACGAAAGUACUGGUAUUUUGGACGCUGAAUCAGAUUUGAAGAAUAUUUUGGAAGAUCUAAUGAAUAAGGCGUUAGGAACACCAGAGGACCCUUACAUAGAAUUGGUGCCAGGCACCUAUUGGACACCUUAUAUCCAAACAUUGGUUAAAGCCAAUAUAUUGAAAUUUCAUCCUGAAGAUUCAAAAAUGGUUAGAUUAGAGGAUUUUCGAUGA